ACCAAACGGCUACCUCGCAUGUUUGAAUUAUAUUUGCAUGUCUUUAGACAUACCUUCCGCGGGCUCUGCUUUUAAUUUCAUUCAUGGACGCUCCAUUGGUAGUUGGACGCUCCAUGGUGAGUACGGCCGAGAGGACUGUCAUCUUCAUAUAGGAUAAUCCUCGUCAAUGUUGAAGCCCUGCUAGAAUUGAAGAAACCCAUAAUAAUCUCUUUCGCCUGUCCAAUGGAAGAAGAGCUGCCCAGUUGGGGUUUGGAAGAGCAGAACCCGGGCUUCGAAUAUACCGAGUCAUCAAAUUGCAGGUCUUCUGUUCGCCCCUUAUGCUUGGCUGCGAGGCCAAUGUUGAAGCCCUACUACAAUUGAAAAAACCCAUAUUUUCUCUUUCGCCCGUCCAAUGGAAGAAGAGCUGCCCAGUGCCCAGUUGGGGUUUGGAAGAGCAGAACCAGAGUGUCUUCAAAUUCGUCCCAGAGUUGCAGAUGCUUAACCCCCAAUACGACUGCGAUCUAGGGAUGCAGCAGACUCACAGAAAAUCAGGAGCGGUCAGGUUGUGUGGUGCAGAACUGAGAAACGGAUCAAUUUCAGUGAUAAUGUCCAAGCUUAUUUGGGAUGGCCACCAUGCAAGCUUAGCAGAAAGAUAUAGAAGCUCAGAAAAUUACAGAAAAAAUAUAGGCCUCCUUGUUUGGAGAAUGUAAUAAAGCUCAACAGGAGGUAUUUAGUGCAAAUCAGCAGGUAU